CGUCACCACUCAGCUGUGCUGGAGCUUAUCCCAUUCCAAGAUGGCCGCCGGAGCCUAGCUGCAGCCUGGAGAGAACGGGAGCGUGUACCGGGAGCGGAGAGCCGGGGUGACGUGACACAUGGCCUUACCGUGAGGAGAGGCCUCCUACACCAUGUGGAAUUGGUAUUCUGGGGACGAGUCCCAGGCGUCAGGAGCGCCGCCUACAAACCCGAGCGCUGGCACCAUGUCAGUUGCUGACCUGACCGAACAGCUGGCGCAGACUCAGCAGCUGGUGGCACAGCUUAAGGAUCUGAUCAGAGAGAAGGACAAUGAACUGCGCAAGAAGGAUCAAGAUCUCAAGGAAGAGAAAGAAUGUUCGGAAUCCAAGGUAUCUAAAGCAAAGCUCCAAAACAAGGCCAAGAUUGCGUCCCUGACGUCUCAGCUGGAGGACCUGAAGAAGCAGGUGGCGUCCUCUGGUGGUGGUCAGGGGAAGAAACCCGAGAACAAAAAGGGUUUCGGUGAUGGCGACCAAGCAAACCGCGGCAAAAUUCUGGUAUUGAGGAAACGGGUGGAAGAAUUGGAGGCACAAUUAAGCCUUAAGAAUGAAGAGCUCCAGAAAAAGGAGGGGGAACUGGAGGCUCAGCGGCUGCGCGGCUCAGAACUGGACGUCAUUAUCGCGGCAAAGGAAGAGAAAUUGGCUAAAAAAGAGGAAUAUAUUAAACAUCUGCAGGCGUCCGCUUCAUCAGAUGUCCCAGAAGAGGCGACGACCGCCGUACCGGUUACUAAGGUAACAGCAAAUGAUUCAGUCCAGGACCUUCAGGUGUUAAUCCAGAAUCUUACCAGGAAAGUUGAAGAAAGUGAGGAGAAGUACAGUCUACUCCAUGAGCAGACCGAGAGCCUGAAAGCCUUUCUGAACAAAGAGAAGAGCAGUUUCCAGGAGAAGGAAGCCAUGUAUAUGGAAAAUAUACGGGUGUAUCAGAACAUGAUUUUAGAAAAAGACAAAGAGAUGAAGUUGCUGUCAGAGAAACACGACCAGGAGCUCUUCAAAAUCGCCGCCAAGUCCGAUUCCACGGCUGAACUUCAUCAGCUACUCAAGGCCCUGAAGCAGAAACUUCACGAGGAUGAAGAGGUAUUAUCGGGAAAGAAUCAAGUCAUUGAUGUUUUACAGAAGGAGCUGGAUAAUAAGGAUCAGCAGAUCACUGAAAUGGCUGAGAAAUCCAGGCUGCUCCAGUCUGAAAAACAGAACCUGCAGUCUAAGCUGGAUGCGGAGAAGCAUGUAAUGAGAGCGCAGCUCAAAGACAUGAUGGGGAAACACGAGACGGAAAUGCAAGCGCUCAAUCUCCGGCACAGCGCGGCGCUGCAGGAAAUUAAAGAGAAACAUCAGGGGGAAAUGCAAGAGAACUAUCAGACUAUACAGCAGCUUCAGAACCAGCUUCAAGGCCUGGCCAGCCCAGGAGACGCCAAAGACGGAUCUGCCGCGGCGGUAAACUCUGCGGUUAUCAAAUUACAAGAUGAAGUAAAGUUGAAGAAAGAAGAGGCAAGUAAAUCCGACGCAAAAUUGCUUAAAAUGAAGGCAUGGUCAAAAUCCCGAAUCAGGCAGUUGGAAGAAGAACUAAAAAUUUCGGAAGCAAAGAACCGGGAGCUGUCUGCGUUAACUGCGCUCGUCGGUGAACUGGAGGACGAGAAGAAAGCUUUGGAGAUGAAGCUGGAGUCUUUGACGGAUUUGCAGUCUAUUAACGAGCAACUUCUGACCAAGCUUGUGGUGUAUGAAGAGCAGCAAAGGAUCCUACAGGCAGAUCUGGAGCAGGUUACAAAAAGAGCUGACUCCCAGACAAGCGAGUCGGGCAGCGCGGAUGAGCUGCAGAACCCUCUGGAAUGGAGCGGGAUGAGCCAAGAGACCGACGUAACCCCGGACCAGGAGAGAGAUAACACAUCUGUUAUGGGCCUGAGGAUCGCUCAGAUAGAAGAGGAAAGAGAAGCCAUGGACUCAAGGCAGGUGGAACUGGAGGAGGAGCUGAGCGCAGCUCGAGGACAGGGGAAACUGAGGACGGCGCAGAGGAAAGGCAGCAGAGGAUCCGCCAAAUUGCAGGAUGAAUUCAACUUCAGGGACAAGAACUUUGAAGAGCAAAACCUAGCCACAGAAAGAGGCGAAAUAGAAGAGGGCGAGAACAUGGGAGGUUGGUGGCCUGAAUACGGUUCUCCAAACUCAGGAUUGGGCUUGAGAGCAGUGGUGGAAGAGCUGGAGAUGGAGAGAAAUCAGCUGCAGGAACAGAUCAUGAACCUAGAAGAGCGAUGCCAGGAGCUGGAGGACAGGCUACAGCUGCAGCUCCGCAUUGAAUCCCUGCAGAGUGAAAACGAGCGCUUCCAAACCCAGUUGGCCCAGAUUCGCCAGCAGCAGAGCCAAGAGGCUGAAAAACUCCAUGACCUCAUUUCAACCUUGAACGAUCAACUCAAAGGCUUGACAAACCGGAAUGCGUUUCUUGAAAGUGCGAUUGUGGAAAAGGAGCAGAAUGUCCUGGAUGUAACCGAGAAGCUGAAUAAGAUGAACAGGGUCUCCAAAACCCUACAGGAGAAGGAGGCGCUGAACAAAGAUCUUCUUGAGAAACUAGAUCAGUAUGAACAUCAGCUCGAAGAAGUCACAAGGAGACAACAGGCGUCGGAGUCUGAGAACUCGGCAUUAAAAAUGGCCAACGCUGAGCUCACUGAGAAGGUGUCCGCGUUUAAAGACAGGGUAUCGGUGCAAGAUUUAUCUUUGGAAAAACUCCAAGUUGACCUUGAUCAGACAAAUGACGAACUGGAUCGACUUAACACAAGUCAUCUAGAAAAGCAAUCGCAACUUCUUCACGACUUGCAGAGAUGUGAGAGGGAGAUAGACGGUCUUAAAGAUCUCUUACAAGAAAAGGACAGAGAAAUGUCCUCUCUCUCAGCAAGCCUGACUGAAUAUUCUGAGCAAGUUACCGUCUUGAAGGAGACCAUUGAUUUUAAAGAAGAGCAGAUGAGCGAGAUGUCCAACGCUCUGGUAAAAAUGGAGAGAGAGCUUCACCAUUUGAGAGAAGCGCAAACCUUGGACGUCCAGGAAAGCAGCAGCAAGAUCUUGUCUCUGUCUGAUCAACUAAGUGAAGUGGAGUCAGAGUUAAAUAAAGCAAAACAGCUCAAUGAGAGUAAAAUGAAAGAAGCCGAAGAGCUGAUGAGGCAGCUAAAUGAGAAUGACAAAACAAUCAAGAGCCUUCGUCUUGAGAUCCAAACGCAGGCAGUAACGCACAAUAAUCACCUUACGGAAUGUUCUGCACAGAUUGCAAACCUUAAAGAACAGAUGAACGCAUCUGUUGCUAAAGUUGAUGAGACAGAAAUUAAGCACAUACAGGAAGUCGAGAGCUUAAAAUUACAGAUAGAGACCGAUCACUCAGAAAAAGAGAGACUUACAGUAUUGUUGGAAGAGAAGAGCACUCGGGAAGAGAGUUUUCAUAAUGAGCUGAAAUCCACGAAAGAACAAUACAACAAAUUAGUUUCAGAGUUGUCGAAAAAAGAUGAAGAAAUAAAGGAGCUAUUAAAUCUCCUCUCGGAGCAGAAGGGACAAUCCGGUGAAGAGUUGAUAAGGAAGCAGGAGGAAUUGUCAUCUUUGCAGCUAAAUCUUGUAAUAUUGGCACAGAGUAAGGAGGAACUGGUGAAGAACCUGCAAGAAAAGACAGAAGAAUUUCAGAAGGAAAUAAAUGCAAAAACAGAAGUCAUAAGUAAACUGCAUUCAGAAGCAGAAGCACUCCGUGGGCAAACCAAAGGCUUAGAGACAUCUCUGGCAGAUAAAGAGACUGUUCUGAAGACUGUGAUGAAUUCUGUUGAGGAACUUGAAAGAAAAAUUCAUAGCUUGGAGGACCAAAAUAGGCAAGUUUCCAAAGAAAAGGAAAGUUUACUGUCACAGGUUAGCCAAAAAGAAUCUGAAAUAUCUGCUAUGACCCAGACCCUGCAAGAUAUCCAGAAAAAGUUCUCUGAGAAAGAACAGGAGCUCUCAGAUCUCCAGAAUAUGACAACCAGCCUUGUACGUGAGAAGGAAGAUCUUCAGAAGGAAAUUGAGUUAAUUUCUGCCCAGAAUUUUCAGAAUAAAAAUACAACCGCUGCUGAGGUAGAAGAGAAGGCUAAAGAGUGUCUCAACCUUGAGAAUCGAUUGCGUAAAGAGCAAGAAGCUGCGCUUAAGUUACAGACUCAGAUUCGGUCUUUAAAACAGAACGUGAAGGAAUCCAGGGCUGUUGCGCAGCAAAAAGAGGAGGCACUAAAAGCCAAGACUUCGGACUAUGAUACGGCAUAUGAACGGUUAAAGCAAAACGAAAAGAAAAACAUGGCAUUGGAAAAACAAGUAGAAGAGUUAAGUCAUAUGGUCGAAAGUAAAAAUCAGGUCCUUGAGGAGAAAGACACACUCCUCACUACACAGUCUGUUCAGAUUGAGGAAAUAAGAAAGAACCUAGAUAGGCUACAGAGUGAGGAACAGGCACUAAGAGAGGUCAACAAAAAAGUCACAGAGAAUGAAGAAAAAUUGAAUAUGGCUUUUGGCAAACUACAGCAGGAUUUAGAUUUAAAAGUUGUGGAAAAUGCAAAAAUUAUGGAGGAGGUAGAAGCUGGUAGAAAGGAAAUUGAUAGGUUAACUCUCGAAAAAGAGUCCUGCAUGUUGUCUAUAUCAGAUUUAGAAGCUCAACAGAACACACUCCGGUUGCAGAGUCAGUCAACGGCAGAUUCCUUAAAUCAACAAUUAAACGUGAUCAAGAUGGAAAAGGAAAAACUGAAUUCUGACAUUGAAAUGCUAAAAACCACGUUGUCCAACAAAUCAGAAGAGGUCAGUGUUCUGAGCUCUCAUUCCUCACAACAAGGCCAUACUAUUUUGUCUUUGAAGGAUCAGAUUGAUUUACUACAAAUAGAGAAAGGGGAUCUGCUCCGUAGUAUUGAAGAGAAGGAUGCUCUUCUUCUCCAAAAGGAGGAACUUAUCCAGCAAACAGAGAAGAAGUUAGAAGGUGAAGGACACUAUCUGCAAACUAUUUCUGCCCUUCAAAAUGAACUGCAAAGCUCAGUUUCGGACUGUACUCAACGGCAGCAAAGAAUAGUUGACCAGGAACAAGAGCUCCAAAAGUUGAGUCACCAAAUGCAGUUACUAAAAAACAAGAGUGAGGAAGCAGAAUUAUUAAAAAUUCAAUUAGCCGAACAUGUUAAGAUCAUUUCAGAACUCCACUCUCAGCUCAAAAACCUGAAGGACACUGUAGGGGGACUGAAUAGGGCUUUAGCAGAAAAAGAUGAAUGUCUGAAGGAGAAGGUGGACAGCUACGCGAAUGUGAAGGCCCAGUUGUCUGAACUUCAAGACACUUUAGACGAGCAAAGAAAGGCAACUGAAACAUUGCUGCAGGAUAACACUCAAUUUAAGGCAGCUGUAUCAGAAAAAGAUUUGACCAUUAAGAACUCUUUGUCGGACAUUGAGGAACUAAAGGAGAAAUUUCGAACUAAGGAGGAGCAGUGUGAUAUGUUGAUAAAACAGGUGACUGCUUUAGAGGAGACUAACACAAAGCAGCUCACUGAUGUAAGCAAGUUGUCUGCUUCCUUGGAAGCGCAAGAAACUUUACAUCGUGGAAAGGAGGAAACCCUAAAUGCCGAAUUGGAGCAAAUCAGAAAUGUAAGUUCUGCUCUUCAGAAAACUGUGGAUGAACUUAGCAGUAAGGUUAAAUUUCUUGAACAGUCAGUCUCCGAAAAAGAUAACGCUGUGCAAAAUCUACAGGAGAAACAUGCUUCUUUGUAUGAGCAAAAGCAGGAGCUGGUGGAGUCAAAUAUCCAUAAGGAGGCCGAGAUUUCCAAACUUCUAAAUUCGGCAAGUGAAAAGGAUGCUAGGCUUCAAAUGUUGGAAAGCAACAUUCAGGCUUUUGCCAGUGAGGUUAAUCUAUUACGUGAAGAACUAGACAAAGGUAGUUCUAAUGUCAAAAACAUAUCUGAGGCGUUAAAGCUAAAAGACGAUAUUAUAUCUCAACAUCAAAAAGCCGAAGAAGGGUUAAGAUCUGAACUACAGUCUGUAAAAGUGGAGUACCAGGAGACUACUACCCAACAGCAAGCAUUGCUUCUGGAAAGAGACGAGGCCCGAGCCCUGGUUCAGACCCUACAGGACAAAUGUACUUCACAGAGUCAGUCUAUUGAUAAUCUGAAGCAAGACAUAGACAACUUAAAUACAAGAUUAUUGCAAGACCAACAAACUGUUGCACAUGAUAUACUACAGAUAAACCAACAACUAGAGAGAGAAGUUCAAGAAAAAUUGCAACUAGAAAAAAUUUUGCAAAUAUUACAAAUGGAACGAGAGUCCUCCUUGGCCAUGUUGCAGAAUGAGUUGACUGACAAAAACGCAGUUAUAGGAAAUCUUGAGCGACAAGUACAGGAAGCAGAAGCACGUGUUUCUUCUGGAGCAGAAAGCCUUAAUCUGUUGCGAGCCGAGACUGCAGAUCUUCAGAAAACUGUGACUGAACUUAGUAAUAAAGUUAAAGCUCUUGAGGAAUCUGUCUUGGAGAAAGAAAACACUGUGCAAAAUCUACAGGAGAAAUAUGCUUCUCUGUAUGAGCAAAAGCAGGAGUUGGCAGACUCUAAUAGCCGUAAGGAGGCCGAUAUUUCCAAACUUCUAAGUUCGGCAAGUGAAAAGGAUGCUAGGCUUCAAAUGUUGGAAAGCAACGUUCAGGCUUUUGCCAGUGAGGUUAAUCUUCUACGUGGAGAACUAGACAAAGGUAGUUCUAAUGUCAAAAACAUAUCUGAGGCGUUGAAACUUAAAGACGAUAUUAUAUCUCAAUGUCAAAAGGCAGAAGAAAUUUUAAGAAUGGAACUACAUUCUGUGAAAGUAGAGUAUCAGGAGACUUCUACCCAACUGCAAACAUUGAUUCGGGAAAGAGAAGAGUCUCAAGCACUCGUUCAGACCCUACAGGAUAAAUGUCAGCAUAUUGAAAAUCUGAAGCAAGACGCGGACAACUUAAAUUCAAGAUUAUUGCAAGACCAGCAUACUUCUGCACUUGACAAACAACACAUAAGCCAACAAUUAGAAUCAUCAAUUCAAGAAAAAUUGGAGCUUGAAAAAUGUUUGCAAUCCUUACAAGUAGACCGAGACUCUUCCUUGGCCACAUUGCAGAAUGAGUUGGUUGAUAAAAACACAGUUAUAGUAAAUCUUGAACGUCAAAUACAAGAAGCAGAAGAACGUGUUUCUUCUGUUGCAGAAAGCCUGAACGUGUUGCAAGUCACGAAUUCUGAUCUUCAGAAGCAGGUUAGUGCCCAAGCUGAGGAAAACUAUGCUUUGAAAGUACAUAUAGAAAACCUAAAGCUUAAUCUUAGUGAACUGCAGCAACAAUCAGAAAAAGAGGUUAUGCAAGUAAAUGAGGAAAAUGGGAAACUUAGAGAAGAGAAUGACAGUUUAGGCAAGGACAUUAAAGUAAAGGAGGAAGCACUACAAAGUUUGCUUAAAGACUUGAAUUUUGUUGAUAAUCGGUUAUGUGCUUUGUGUGAUGAGAAUUACUCAGAAUGUGAGAAACUUGAACAACAGUAUGGUUACAGAAGUAAGUUAGAGAAGUUUUCAAUGAUGCUAUGUGUGGCAUCGGACUACAAGUCAAGAGUAGCAGAGUUAAAGGAAGAACUUCAGGGAAAAGACAGAGAAAUCGAACAGAAGACUCAGUCUAUUCUCUUGUUGGAAAAAGAGAGAGACCUUCUGCUUGAUGGGUUACAAAAGGUCAAAGAACAAAGCAUAGGUAAUGAAUCAUUAAUGGAAGAACUUAAAAAUGCUAAGGCUACAACUUCUCAUGUCCAAAGCAUCUUACAAGAAAAAGAGAAUGUUAUCAUUGAAUUGAACACACGUAUGUUAGUUCUUCAAGAAGAAAUACGGAUAUCCAAAGAAGAGCUUGAGAACACCAAUACAUUGCUGAAUGAAGAAAAAACUAAGAUUGUAGAGCUUAUAGAAGAUGUUAAUAAGAAAAAUGUGCUUGCCCAAGACCUCCAUGUACAGGUUAGUCAGCAGAAAGAGUUAAUAUCUACUCUCAGUGAUCAAAUAAAAGAAAAAGACGCUUCUCUGAUGCAGGUUAUGGAAGCUAUGUCAAGCGAAAUGGUAAAAUUUACGGAUGAAAAAAAUGUCUUGAGCGUAGAACUUAAGAAUUUACAGUCUGAUAAAAGUUAUUUUCUGUCACAAAUCUCUGAACUAACUGAAAAAUUUGAGGCUUGUGAGAAGAAAUUACAGCAAUCUGAACAGGUCCUGGCUGAUAAGGAACUCUAUUUAAGCAAGUUGGUCAGUGAGAAAGAUCUCCAGUCAGAGAAAUUCAGUAAAGAAAGGGAGAACUUAAAGAGGAAACUUCAGGCCGCGUUAGUUAUAAGGAAAGAUUUAAUGCAAAAAAUUGAGAAACUUGAACAAAGUAAACAAGACGAGUUAAGAGGAGAACAGAUGAAAAUGUCUGAACUUGAAGGAACUGUGGAAGAAUUGAAUGGGAAAUUAGAAGCUAUAAGGAUGGAGAACGAAGAUCUGCAGGCUCAGGGACAGCUGGCUAAGCAAGAAUUACUGAAGAAGGAUGCAAAAAUAAGUGAACUUUUGAGUGCUCUAUCUGAAAAGGAACAACACCUUGUACAGCUCCAGAAUAAUGUCUCUGAACUGCAGCAAAGCUUCUCAGAGAAAGACAACAUGUGCCAGGAAUAUUUAAGAACCAUUCAAGAAAAAGAACAGAAUCUACACCAGACAAAAUAUGCUCUCAAAGACAAACUAAAGAGUCUAGAAGAAGAAAAUAUACACUUGUUGGAAAAUCUUGAAAACUUAAAAAUAUGCCUUGAAAAAGUUAAAGGCCAAACAAGCUCACAAAUGUCCCCUGAAGCAACAUCAAGUGUUGAUCCAGAUUCUACUUCUGCCGAGGCUUCAUUUUCACACGCGGAAAAUUCUAUCGUUCAUAAUAAUGUUCAUGCGUCACUUUUAUGCAGCCAAGGGAAUUCUGAGAGUAAAGAAAAACAUGGCGGCAUUUUGCAAAGCCUUAAUAAAAGCAUUAAAGAGUUUGAGCUGCUACAGAAAGCACAUUUAGACUUACAACAUUCGUACAAUGCUAAAUUCACAGAGUGUGAACGAGAAAAAGAACAAGUGCAUACUCUGCAACAGCAAGUUCAGGCACAGCAGGAACUGCUGUUCCAGAAAGAAACUGAGCUGAAUAAUAAAGAGUUGGAAGUGGAAGAUCAUAAAAAGAGGAUUGAAGAGGUUUCACACAGGCUACAGGAAUUAAAGGCUCACGAAAAGGCUGCUUCUGAGUUGACCAUGGGUAUCCAUGAGAAGGAUGCAGAGCUUCUGAGAGUAAACUCCGAACACACGCAGUUAUUAAAUGAAAUGCAGAUAUUGAAAGCAGAGGUAGACAAAUUGUCCAGGGACAUUCAACAGCAUCAAGAGCAAACUCACUUUCUGACUAGUUUAGUGUCUUCUAAGUCUGUAGAGUUAGAGCAUUGUGAAAUUAAAGUUACUUCCCUUCAGAAAGAGUUGGAUGUGGCUCAUAUGAUGAUUGAAAGUAACCGAAUGACCAUUCAGCAGUUAACCAGUGAAAGAGAUUCCCACUUAGAAACUUGCCAGGUCAACCAGUCAGAAAUUUCCACGCUGAAGCAUAGUCUGGAGCUAAAAGUUGUUGAGUUAUUAGAAAAAGAUAAAGAAGUGGCCGCAUCUAAUGAUUCCCUUCACUUGAACUUAAAAAUCUAUGAAGAAGAUAUGGAAAGAAUGCGUUGUCGAUUAAAAGAACAUCAAGAAGAAUCAAAUACACUGAAAAGUGAUUAUAAGCAGGUCAAAGAAGAGCUGGAAGAAGCUAUGUCAAAAUUAGAAAAAGCUAAAAUUGAAGUAUUGGAUUUGAGAGCAAAAUUAACAGUCUCUAAUAAAGAUGGAAUAUUGAUGGUGCAGUCUAGUAUUCAACCUUUGCACAGCCCUGGUCUUAGCCCGGAGUUUUCUAAAACAAAAUCUACUUUUAAUAAUCUUCAAGAAGAAGGCUGCAAUGGCCAACCGAUGUGUGAAACGUGUUCUAAGAAACAGGCCAUUAUUGGGGAUCUUGAGAAACAGAUUAUCAGCACCAACAAGAUCAAUGAGGACCACCAGAGGAAACUUUCAGAAGAAAGCAGUUCUAAAGAGCAACUUCAGAGAAAGCUGCAGGCAGCCUUGGUGUCGCGUAAGGAUUUGCUCAAGGAAAAUAAAACGCUUAAACAAAACAUUCAAUCCUUAACUCGGGAAACAGAAGAACUUAACCGUUCACUUUCCGAAAUUCAGGAAAAGCAGCUCUCUGAGAUUUCGUUACUCACAGAGCAGAAUAAUGAUCUCAUGUCUAAGAAAGAACGCCUUUCACUGGUCAAUGAAAAUCUUUCGGCGGCUUGUGAAAGCUUGAAAUCUACAAUGGAAUCUAUUGUCCAAGAAAAAGAAGCAUUUUCUUUCCAGUUGAACUCUUUAACAGAUUCCCAGACAGUUGAAUUGACCGGAUGGAAAGCUAAGCAUGGCGAAUUAAACAAAGAAUAUGAGUCCCUUCUUCAAGCGUAUGAAAACAUUAGCGAUGAAAUUGAUAAGAUGCGACAUGUCAUAGACAUAACAAAGAAAGAAAAAAAUGAGGUAGUGAUGAAAUAUCAUGACCUUCAGAGCGAAAAUCAAGGGCUGGUAAGACAAAUUGAGGAGAGCGAUGCAGAGAUGGACAAACUUAGAACAACUCUGGAGUCCAAAGAGAUUGAAAUGAAAAAAUUUAAAUUAGAAAAUGAGCGGCUUCUUGAUACAGUGGAGAAAACGUCUCUCGUUGAUGAACUAUCCCAACAAAAUGGGAAACUGACAGAAGAAAAUAAACGUUUAAGAGAAAUAUGUGAGAACUUGAAGACCUCUCUGGAUAGUAAAGAAAAGGAAAAUAAUAGUAUUUCCGUCAUUAAAACAGCUCUGGACAAGUUACAAAUGGACAUGAACAUGUAUAGAUCCGACGUGGAGGUGAAAAUGUCUGAGCUGAGUACUGAGAACGAGACACUGGCCAAAACUGUUACAGAGUUGGAAACUAGAGUACAAGACACUGAGCAAAGCUUGGAAAAGAACGAAGUAGAAAAACUUAGUAUUCUAGAGACGCUAAACAGCACUGACCAGCUGUUAAAACAAGAAAAUACCACUGUUCAGAAAUUGGAGGCUGACCUAAGUAACAUGGAACUCGAUAAGAUGAAGUUGAAUGAGAAAGUAAGAAUUCUAGAGGCCGACAAGGUCAUUCUUCUAGAGGAGAUUGAAAGUAUACAGGAGCAGUUUUGUAAAGUGAAAAAUGAGAGGGAGAAUUUGGAGAUGGAAUUACUUAAAGUUGUAAAAAACAACAGCUUGCUAUCUGACAAAUUUAAGUCGCUCCAGGCACAAACCCAUACUCUAAGUCAGCAGGUAGAGUCUCUCAGGGCAGAGAAAAACAGUAUCGUUCGUGAAAAAGAAGAACAUCAGCUACAGGUUCUACGGGAUCUAGAACAAAGGAUUAAAUAUGCUCAAGAUGACAGCAGAGGAACCAAAACCAAAUCCAAAGAAUUACAAGAACUGCUCAAGGAGAAGCAACAGGAGAUUAACCAGCUUCAGCGUGAUUCCAUAAGAUUUCAAGAGCUCCUAUUAGACCUUGAAGGGGCCCUAAAAGAGUCAAAUAACCAGAAUGACAUGAUUAAAAAAGAACUUGACUGCACAUCUGCCCAGCUCACCCAAGCCAGAAGUAAUAUAUCAAUUCUGGAUAAAGAACUUUCAAACUUAAGGGGGGGUAAGAAGCAAGUAGACAAAAAGCACUUGCUGUCUUCUGAAAACUUAGUUAACAAAGAGUCAAACAAUAAGUUCUCUAAGCCAAAUGUAAGAAAUGGUAUAGACAGAAAUGAACUUGAAAUUGGAUUAAGUUAUGAACCCAAAGAAACUGUUCUACAAAAUAUGGCAUUAGAAAAGUGGCCUCUUCCGGAGGUGACGGAUGUUGAGUUGAAGGCAUUAAAGGACAUAAUCACAGAAAAUGAGCAGGAGAUCCAAAAGCUUAAACUAGAAGGCGAAAAAGUUAGAAUCGAUAUACAGAAACAGGUCACUAUGUCUCAGCAUAUGAAACAAAUCAUUGACAACAAAGAUAAGGAGAUCUCUAUGUUAAUAUCCUCCAAAGAUGGUGAAAUAUCCAGCUACCUGGAACAAAUACAAAGUCAGUAUCGUAAGCAAGCAGAAGAUUACGAGCACCGAUUGUCCUCUGUUGAAGCAGAAAAGGCUAAGUCCGUUUUGGAGUGUCGAAGGGUUGAAAAAGAAUAUGAAACCCUUAAAUUAAAGUAUGAAAAAGCCGAAAAGGAAAAGGCUUCGAUAGCUAAUGAGAUUGAGGCCUUUAGGAAGUCAAUAUCUUCACUGCAAACUGAUCGAGAUCAACUCAGUUCCGAUCUGCAAACUAUCAGUCAACGCAAUGAACGUGUCCUAAGCCAAAAAGACAACAUCAUUGUUUCUGCUGUCGAUGAAAACAGUAACCUUAAAGAAGAACUUAGGAAGGCUUUAAAUAAAGUUGAUGACCUUAAUGCUGAAAAUGCCAUGCUGGCAGCACAGCUCAUUCGCUAUAGGGAAGAUCUGAACCAAGUGCUUUCUCUGAAAGAUGAACAAUUAAAGGAAUUACUGAAACAGAAGCUGGAGCUGAUUAAAAAUCUUGAGCAACAGAAGUGUGAUCUUGAGAAGACGUGUAGGGAUAUGCAGAGCACCAUUGAGACCCUGCAAAACUCGGCUGAGACUUUAGAAGUGGAGAACCAGAAAUUAACGUCAAAAGUUAAAGAUCAAGAGGGUCUUAUAGCUGCCAUCAACAAAGAAAAGCUACUUGAAGAAUCCAGGAAGAAGUAUAAGGAUGAUCAGGUGAAAUCUGACUUGGAUCUGAUAGAUUUUGAACAAAAUGAUGAUCAGUGGGCUAGUGAAAAUGAUAAGGCAGAUGAAAACGCUAGUGAAGCCUAUUGGGGACUUUUCCAUGAGAAUAAGCAGCUGAAGGCUCAAAAUGAGUCUUUCGGGAAAGCAAUGGCAGCCCUACAGGACAAUCGAGAUUCCUUGAUCGAUGAUUUUAAAGAGUUGCAAUGGCGAUAUGCAUCUGAGCUGAAAGCUGAGAAGAUCCGAGGAGAUGACCUUGAAAGUCAACUAAGAAACUUUAAAUCCCAGAUCUACGUUAUUCUCAAAAACAACACCCUCCUUAGUGAACAUCUUGCCACGGAAGACCAGAUCACUGUGGACCAUCUGGCUGCUGCAAUAGACUCUUUGUGCAAUUCCCUAACAAACAAAGGUUUGGAGGUCACCAGCCUCUCUUCCGAGUGCGCCACUUACGCUCAGCAGAUGGAUGCUUUCUCCAAAGCUAUGGCAAGCUUACAGCAUGAUCGAGAGAGAUUACUCCAGAUGCUAAAAGAAGGAACUGUAGUUAAGAAGUCUAAACAAGACGAUACUUCUGUUAAAGAGGUCAUCACAGAGCAUGAACUUAACAUGAAUCUCUUACAGCCAGAUAAGUUAACACAGGUGACGGAACUAAUCAAUAAUUCAACAUCGGAAUCUCAAAAACUGAGGACGAGGAUUCAGGAGUUGGAGAGGCUACUGCUAGAGGCCAAGUCUGUGCAAGACAAACUGGAGAAAGAGAUUACUGGAUACCAGUACGAGCUAUCCGAGCUUAGGGUCGAAAAGAAUGUCCUUGUGGCUGAAGCAGAAGCUGUUCGGCACCAGUUCGGCACGGUCAUUGCCGAGAAAGACCGUCAGAUUGUAGAGCUCCAGAAGAUCCAAGAACCUGCACGGCAGAAUGAUAAGAUGCACAAGGAGAAGGGUGUGGAGAGAAUGGCUCUGGCGGGGAGCCCCGCAGCCACCGGGAAAGGAAACCUGGCUUUGGAAGAUAAAGAACAGACAAAGAAUGAAAUGCAGCGAUACCUACAUGAAAUACGACAGCGAGACCUGAUAAUACAGCAGCUGAAUACGAAGGCCAUGGAGUCCGUGGAGGUGAACAGCGUUUUGUCUUCUCAGCUCAAGAGUGUAUCGCAGGGAUUGAAAGAUACGCAGAUGAGAUACACCGACCUGCAGAAUCAGUAUUACAAGCUCCAAAGAGACCUUCCGAUCACUCGGGUCACAAACCAGAAUGACACCUUGACUGAAGUUCCCCCCGGAGCUCCCCAGGAGAGGGCAAAUGUCCUGGUGGAAAUAGACAACGCUGAGCUGGCUGAACUGAGAAGAAGACUUGCACAGGCCGAACUUCGUCGUGAUGCUACACAACAAGAACUCGCUGCGUUGUCUGACAGGUUGGCGGAGGAGAAGGCCCAGAGGGAGGCUGCGGAGGAGGCGCUGCAGCUCACAGAACAACACAAUAAGAGGCUCGAAACAAAGUCAUCUUCCGGGGACUACGAGUUCUCUCUCCAGAUGGAGUCAGACGACGAGCGGGAAGCCUUAAUUAUUGAUCCUACUCAGAAUGUCGCUCUGCGAACGAUCAAGAGCUGUAAUGUGGCCGUACGGAGGUGGCUGCACGGUCGGAGUCUUUACUGCUCGAAGCUGCUGACCACCCGAUCGAAAUCUCGCUACCUGUUCCUCACCUACCUGUUAGGACUUCACGUCCUCAUCUUAAUGUGCCUGACCGGAGCGCUAUAGCACAGGAGACGUCUCUGCGCAGAUGUACUUUUUUUCUGUUAACUCUUAAAAUACUUUGUUUGGAGAGAGAAAAAAAAAAAGAGAAAAACGGGAAGCAAAGAAGAAUCGGCAAAUGGACACCUUGUAAAUGGCCGGAGCCAUGGGCAACGUGGAAGCAUUGUAUGGACAUCGGGAACUGAUGAGAGGUGGAAGAGGCCAGACGGUAGGGCGUUACUGUACAGCAGUCGUAAAGUGAGGUCCUCCGGUCUUGAAAACCGGACCAUAGAUAUAGUAUAUAUAAUGGUACGUACAGACCAGCCCACCGGAGAUGAAUAAUGGCCGAAACCUCCCAUUCAUGCCGCCCUUAGAGUCGUAAAUCUAUGUACAGUCAUUUAGGAAUCCUACUACUGAGACUGGAAAGAUACAGCUAAAUUAUGGCGAUCCUAAACCAGUGUUUCCCAACCAGUGUGCCUCCAGCUGUUUCAAAACUACAACUCUCAGCAUGCCCGGACAGCCGAAGGCUGUCCGGGCAUGCUGGGAGUUGUAGUUUUGCAGCAGCUGGAGGCGGACUGGUUAGGAAACACUGGCAUAAACUAUGAAAGCACAGUUGGGUGUUGCCCGAGCAUCUUGGAUCUGUCAGGAGUAUAGAUGAGCAAACUUACAGUAAAUUCGAUUCGUCACGAACUUCUCGGC